UCCCCCGCGUGCACAACAUGGCGGCGCCCUUGAGGCAGGGGGUAUUUUCCCUGUCCCGGGUUCUGGGACCUUGUUCUCGCCAGAAUUUAGAAGCCUUGUUCUGCCCAGCCUGUGUCACCCAGCCCACCACUGUGAUCCCAGUGAGAACCAAGAAGCACUUUAUACCUCCUAUAUAUGAGCCUAAAUACAAAACUGAGAAAGAGUUUCAGGACCGAGCCCGUGCUGCAGGGAUUGUCAUUCCCAAAGAACGUCUUGAGCGUCCCAUUCAUUUGGCUUGCACAGCUGGGAUUUUUGAUGCCUAUGUUCCUCCUGAGGGGGACGCCCGCCUAACAUCCCUCUCCAAGGCCGGCCUGCAGCAAAAGACAGAGAAACUAAAGCAAGGCGUGGCCUCACAGUUGGCAAUUCGGAAAGUGAGAGAAUAUGAUGCUGAUUUCCGUACCAAGACCUUCCCAGAAAAAGCUCAGCAGAUCUUCGUUGAAGCUCAUCAAUGCCUCAACACCUCAGAUCAUGACCGACUUCAUGCCCUGGUAACUGAGCGCUGUUUCCCAGAGAUGGUGUGGGACAUCCAACUUAAGACAGUUCGUUGGAGCUUUGUGGAAUCUCUGGAACCACCAAGAGUAGUUCAUGUUCGUUGCCCAAAUAUGGUGAGCGAGGGCAACAUAUAUGGCCAGGUCACUGUCCGCAUGCACACUCGCCAGACUCUGGCUAUCUAUGACCGGUUUGGGCGGUUGAUGUAUGGACAAGAAGAUGUGCCCAAGGAUGUGUUGGAGUAUGUGGUAUUUGAGAGACACUUAACAAACCCAUAUGGGGCCUGGAGAAUGCAUGGCAAAAUUGUUCCUGCUUGGGCCCCUGCUAAGGAUCCCAUCCCCAAGACGGUAAUGAUUCCUGGCCCCAAGCUCCAACCAUGGGAAGAAUAUGAAGAAGUGAAUGUGGAAGUUCAAAAGUCUCAGCCUGUUCAAUGGCACAAGUAGAGUGCGGUAGAAAGCUUUGGUGAUUUGGCAUUGGAAUUGAAGAGACAUUGGAGAGCAUCUGAAAUCAGGUCUUCCCACUGUUUUGGUUCCCAGAAGAAAGCAUGAAGCCACCUUCAGCCACCUUUUUGGUUUUUAAUAAAGAAGGACAGUUGUUUGAAAUAAAACCCAGUCAGGGAUUUCAAACUA